AUGGUGGUGGUGGUGGUGGUGAUGGUGGUGGGCUACAUCAUGCCGGAGAUCUUCCGCUUCCCUGGCUGCGAGGAGUUCAAGCACGGCCUCGGUGCGUUUGAGAGCAUCCCACUGGAGGGCUGGGUGCAGCUGCUGGCUCUUGUCGGGGCCCAUGAGGUCCUGGUGAAGCCCCGCGAGGGUGGCAUGGGCCUCUACGACUUCGGCCUCGGCGUGGAGCUCCUGGACGGCAUUGACGAGGAGGAGAUCGAACGCAAGCAGACCUCGGAGCGCAACAACGGGCGCCUGGCGAUGAUCGCCAUCCUUGGCCUGAUGUGGCAGGACGGCACCUUCGGCGAGCCUCCCCUGACCUACAUGAACAAGAACGGUUUCUGGGGUGAGCCCGUGCAGUUCAUCGUGUCUCACAUCGUGAACUGCCAGUCUUUCAGCGGCAGCUAUGUCGACAACGGCGGACUCUGCGCUGUCCCCAAGCGCCACGAGGGCCGCGUGGCGAUGCGCGCCACGCAGAAGCUGGCCGAGGGUGACUACGUGGAGCUCGAGACCUAUCCUAAGGAGAUGGAGAUGUCUCCGUCUGUGCCGUUCCUCCGCUAUCCCCAGGUCCUGAAGCUUGGCUUUGUCUCAAGGGAUCUCAAGGUGGUGUGUUGCCAUACCGCAUAG